AUGAGUUCAGUGGAACAGGCCCCAAGAACAGAUUCCAGUCUUGAUACCACUGAAAUUGCCUCUGCUGCAGAAGAUGAACUGCCAGAUUCUAAUAUUUGUUUCUGCUGCAGAAGGAUGUUCUGUAUACAUCAAGCAAAAGUAGAUCAUAGUGAACAUGAAAAUGAAGAGAUUGCAGUGCCUCGGUGCCAUUUUUUAAUCCCACUAAGGCUGCUUCCCUUUAUCCUUGCCUUAUUUUUCACUUUAAUCAUAGCAACUGCCAUUGCCUUGAGUGUUUAUUUCAACUGCAAUGGGAGGUUUCAGUGUAGAUCUUCCUUUAAAUGUAUUGAUCAAACAGCAAGGUGUGAUGGCGUCUUCAAUUGCAAAGAUGGAGAAGAUGAGUACAGAUGUGUCAGAUUGAGCGGCAAAAGAGCUGUGCUGCAGGUGUUCAGUUUUGGAACCUGGCGGACUGUGUGUUCCGAUGGCUGGAAAGACAGCUAUGGGAAUGUUUCAUGUAAAUACUUAGGAUUUUCAAGUUUUGUAAGUUCAUCUGGCUUCCCAGUGGCUGCCAUUGAGAAUGAAUUCCAGAAAUAUUUUGUUACUGCAAAUCAUUGGUUAUCAGCUGAUCAGCUAACAUCACCACAGAAUGCUACCAAUUUACGAGAAGAAUGUAUUUCAGGCAAUGUAAUUGUCUUAAAAUGUUCGGCAUGUGGUACUAGGACCUGGUACUCCCCACGUAUUGUCGGCGGAAAUGUGUCCCUGCUCCAGCAAUGGCCAUGGCAAGCCAGCCUUCAGUUUCAAGGAUAUCAUUUGUGUGGGGGGUCAGUCAUCACCCCACUGUGGAUUGUUACAGCAGCUCACUGUGUUUAUGAUUUGUACCUACCAGGAGCGUGGAGUGUUCAUGUGGGUUUAGUAAUCCUGGAAGAAAACCCUAUUAAUCCAUACUUAGUGGACAAAAUUAUAUACCAUAAAAAGUAUAAGCCUAAAACAAUGAAGAAUGAUAUAGCGCUGAUUAAGCUGGCUACUCCACUUGCACUAAAUGGUCUUAUAGAGCCAAUUUGCCUUCCUAAUUUUGGAGAACAUUUUCAAGAAGGAAAAAUGUGUUGGAUAUCAGGAUGGGGAGCGACAGAAGAAGGAGGAGAUACUUCAGAAACAAUGAAAUAUGCCGGUGUCCCUUUAAUUUCUAACAAAGUAUGCAAUCAUGGAGAGGUUUAUGGAGGAAUUGUGGCUUCAUCAAUGCUCUGUGCAGGUUAUUUAAAAGGAGGCAUAGAUACCUGUCAGGGAGACAGUGGGGGGCCACUGGCAUGCAAAGACAUGAAUACUUGGAAGUUGGUAGGAACAACCAGCUUUGGGGUGGGCUGUGCAGAAGAAAACAAACCUGGAGUCUACAGUCGCAUCACCUCAUUUCUGGAUUGGAUACAUGAACAAAUGGAGAGAGAUGUUCAGACUGGAUUUGGUAUUUUUGUUUACAAAUCAAUUCAUUUCCAAGGACCUGGGAUAAGCAGAUAUGAAUGUUUGAUGGUGUAA